AUGCGAUUAAACCCUGGCUUUGUAAGGAGUGCAGUCGUAGAACAAAUCAAUCAUCUCCGGAUUUGUUCUCUGACUCUAAAUAAUGCUGUAUUCUUCGCCAAUUUUCCGAAAAAUUGCCCGCACUAUCAACUUGAUGGUUUCGACUCCAGUGAGGGAGCCUUAGAAGCUACCACAUCCAAGGAAGGCGCCAGUAAUUUAUCCACUCUUGAUCAAGUGGAGGGCAAGCCUGGUGCCAGCAGCCGCAGUAAUUUCAGCUCCAUCAGUGUAAAUCGUCAUUACUGUUUGGAUCUGAGUUACAUGCAGCAAUUCGCCUUUAGCGCUAAUCGCUGUUGUGAUUAUUUGUUGGAACAAUUCGGGGGCAUUCGUAUCCUUGUGCGAGGUGAAAUUCGUAAACCGCAGGAGGACGCCCCAAAGCGAAAGUAUUCGCUAAGAAGAUUUCCAUUAAACAAGAUUGAAAAGGUUCGGAAGCGAUUAGAUACCGCUUUAGUUUUAACCGUAAACUACGCCAUCCCGAGAUCCGAUGGGUAUUGUUGCCUUGCGGAGGAGCUUCCCGGAAACGAAAGUCUUUCGCCUGGGUUAGUAUGGUUGCAAAGCUUAAACUUAAACUGGAGACGUGGUAAUUUAAGUUUUUUAAAACGCGUUUUUCCAAAUAAAAUAGGAUGACA